AUGAAGCUUAGUCGCGCUGCAGCCGGAGACUGAGCGGAGAACCUGCGGCUCCUCACCGACCUGCUCCUCUGCACACAGCCGGGAACUGCGUCUGUCUCUGGGCCGGACAUAGACCCAGCUCCGGGAGGCAGCUCCAGAAUAAAAUGUCAAACUCCAUCCACUGGUUCCGCAAGGGCCUUCGCCUCCAUGACAACCCGGCGCUGCAGGAGGCGGUGGGGGGGGCGGGCACGCUGCGCUGCGUCUACUUCCUGGACCCGUGGUUCGCCGGCUCCUCCAACGUGGGCGUCAACAGGUGGAGGUUCCUCCUCCAGUGUUUGGAAGAUCUGGACUCCAACCUUCGAAAGGUCAACUCCCGCCUGUUUGUCAUCCGGGGUCAACCGGCCAAUGUGUUCCCUCGACUCUUCAAGGAGUGGAAGAUCUCUCGUCUGACCUUCGAGUACGACUCGGAGCCUUUUGGGAAGGAGAGAGACGCUGCCAUCCAGAAGUUGGCCAUGGAGGCGGGGGUGGAGGUCAACGUGAAGAUAUCACACACCCUCUACGACCUGGACAAGAUCAUGGAGCUGAACGGCGGGCAGCCUCCUCUCACCUACAAGCGGUUCCAGACCCUGAUCAGUCGUCUGGAUCCUCCUGAGAUGCCUUCAGAGACGCUGUCCCACGCGCUGAUGGCCGGCUGCGUCACCCCGGUCUCCGACCACCACGGAGACCAGUACGGGGUCCCGUCACUGGAGGAGCUCGGUUUCGACGUGGAGGACCUGCCGCCGGCUGUGUGGCCCGGAGGAGAGACCGAGGCCCUGACCCGGAUCGAGCGCCACCUGGAGAGGAAAGCGUGGGUGGCGAACUUCGAGCGCCCCAGGAUGAACACCAACUCGCUGCUGGCCAGCCCCACGGGCCUCAGCCCCUACCUGCGCUUCGGCUGCCUCUCCUGUCGCCUCUUCUACUUCAAGCUCACCGACCUCUACCGCAAGGUGAAGAAGAACAGUUCCCCCCCGCUCUCCCUGUACGGUCAGUUGCUGUGGCGUGAGUUCUUCUACACCACGGCCACCAACAACCCCCGCUUCGACAAGAUGGAGGGAAACCCCAUCUGCGUCCGCAUCCCCUGGGACAAGAACCCGGAGGCUCUCGCCAAGUGGGCCGAGGCCAAGACGGGUUUCCCCUGGAUCGACGCCAUCAUGACCCAGCUGAGGCAGGAGGGCUGGAUCCACCACCUGGCCCGGCACGCGGUGGCCUGCUUCCUGACCCGGGGAGACCUGUGGAUCAGCUGGGAGGAGGGGAUGAAGGUCUUUGAGGAGCUGCUCCUGGAUGCGGACUGGAGCGUGAACGCAGGCAGCUGGAUGUGGCUCUCCUGCAGCUCCUUCUUCCAGCAGUUCUUCCACUGCUACUGCCCCGUGGGCUUCGGCCGGCGCACCGACCCCAACGGGGACUUCAUCAGGCGUUACCUCCCUGUCCUGCGAGGUUUCCCUGCUAAGUUCAUCUACGACCCGUGGAACGCUCCGGAGGCUGUGCAGGCGGCCGCCAAGUGCGUCAUCGGCCUCCAUUACCCGAAGCCCAUGGUGCAUCACGCCGAGGCCAGCAGACUCAACAUCGAGAGGAUGAAGCAGAUCUACCAACAACUCAGCAGAUACAGGGGACUGGGUCUCCUGGCCUCCGUGCCGUCGGCCACCGGGGGGAUGAUGAGCUUCUCUCCUGGAGAGCAGCCGCCAGGGACCAACAGCAACAACACACAUUUGCUUGGAGGCUCAGGGAGCUCUGUGUCUUCAGGUAACAGCAGCAGAAGCAUCCUCCUCAACUUUGACAGUAAAGAGCCGAAGGGGCAGCAGCAGCAGCAACAUGGAUUCCUCCACUCGGUGCCGGACGCCAGCCGGAGCAUCACCAGCAGCCGACAGGGCCACGAGUUCGCUGUGCCUCAGCCCCCAGUACUCCUCCCACCCACCAGAGGCAGCAUCACAGGGAAACGGGAGCGGGAGUCGGAACGUGACGGGGCGGGAGAGGAAGAGGCGGGGUCCUGCUCCGUGCACAAGAUGCAGAGGAAGAGUGCAGAGGGAAUUCCUCUUCACCCACUCGUAUGGAAAGCAGGACAGAGCGCUGCUUGCUGUCACAGGAAAGUCACGGUGUGAACUUUCACUGGUGAUGGUUGGCACAGAUCCAGACUGAUUCAGAGCCUGGAAUCUCCUGUUUGAUGACAUGUGUCUUCCUCUGGACCCAGAGCAUCAAGUGUCUUUUUACACUGUAUGCAAAAUCGUCACAAAAUUAUAGUUUCUAUAAUGUCAAAUUCCCCCUCAACAAGAAUCCCCUGUGUGGUUUCUUUCUCUCUGAGAAGUGUGAAUGGAAUGGAAUGGCAGCUCUUGGGUUUUGGCUCUUCGUGUUCGGACAGGCUCCGGGGGAACCUUCCCUCAGAGUUAUCUUUAGCUCAGUGAAGAAGACUUUGAUCUGGGAGGAAUCACACAUGACCGCAGCGCUCCAGCUCCUCAGACUGUGAAAGGUUUUGUGGGACAGGACCUGUCCCUGAUUCUUGGGAAGUGGGUCAUGAUGCAACCUCACAACCUUGUCAGACCAAU